AUGGAACAACAGAAGCAGCAACCGCAGGACUCUCAGCGGUUUGAGACUCUACAGCUUCAUGCUGGGAAAUUCCCCGACCCUCUUAAUAGCUGUGCAGUCCCUAUUUAUACGACCUCGGCAUUUGCGUUUAAUAACGCAGAGCAUGGGGUCCGCCUAUUAAAUUUGAGUGAAUAUGGAAAUAUAUACAGCCGAAUCACGAACCCUACCGUUAGUGUGUUCCAAAACCGCAUGGCAGCACUUGAAGGGGGAGUGGCCGCCUGCGCUACGGCAUCUGGCACUGCGGCAGUGUCCAUGACCUUGAUGGCUUUGGCUAAGGUAGGAGACAAUAUUGUCGCUUCUUCCACUGUUCACGGAGGUACAUACCAUCAAUUCAAAUCCUUGGCCCCGCAGCUUGGGAUUGAAUGCCGGUUUGUUUCAUCGAACGAGCCUGAAGAUUUCCGUGCCUUGCUGGACUCGCAGACAAAAUUUAUCUUUGUGGAAAGCAUCAGCAACCCGAAAUAUACUGUUCCAGAUUUCGAAGCUCUGGCUGAAAUCGCCCAUUCCCAUGGCAUCCCACUAAUCUGCGACAAUACAUUUGGUUGUGCAGGCUACUAUUGUCGACCCAUCGACCACGGGGCGGAUAUCGUGGUUCAUUCUGCCACCAAGUGGAUUGGAGGCCAUGGAACCACCCUGGGCGGCGUUAUUGUGGACGCUGGUACUUUUGAUUGGGGUCGCCAUGCGGAUCGGUUUCCUCAAUUCCACUCAGAUGACGCCGCCCAGGAGGGCAGCGGUGAAGUCAGCCUGUGGAAGGUGUUUGGGUCCCGAGCCUUUGCCAUGCGCUGCCAGUAUGAAGUAUUGCGUGAUAUCGGUAGCACGAUGAGCCCACAAACAGCACAGCAACUGUUGAUUGGGCUCGAGACUCUCGCCGUCAGGUGUGAUCGCCAUGCAUCAAAUACUGCGGCACUGGCCGACUGGAUUUCGCAGCAACCUCAAGUCGCUUGGGUGCGAUAUCUGGGACAAGAAAACCAUCCUUGCCACCUCAAUGCAACCAAGUACUUGCAGCGAGGUUAUGGGGAUUCGAAGACUCUUGUCGUUCACCCUUGGACGACAACCCACCAACAACUCACCGACACAGAACGAUUCAACGCCGGUGUCACAGAGGACCAUAUCCGUAUAUCGGUGGGAAUUGAGCAUAUUGAAGAUAUCAAGGAUGAUUUCAGGCGCGCUUUUGCGUCAUUGGAUCAUCAGGGUCAAGUUCCUUACCAGGCCAAUGGCAUCCACUAUCAGGAGCAAAAGCGAAUUAUUGGCUUUCUGCAUGGAACGCAACAUCCAGAGCCGUCACCCCUCCAGAGAAGAUAA